UUCCAGGUUCUGCGCCCUAGAGCCAGGCAGAGACGGAAACAUGCCAAGCUCCAGGGGAGCGGUGGCACCUGGGGCAGUUUUCCAGGAGCCCGCAGCCGUCCCGCCCCUCCCCCAGCCUCCGCCGGAGGUGUUUAUCUUCGCCUCUGCUCCAGGCUCUUUCUCUUUCACUUUUCUUUUCGCUGGGGGCUGGGACUCCCCGGGUGGAGGGCUCCCGGGAGAAUCCCAGUUGACUCACUCGCUGCCUUCCAAGUCCGACGCCCGCAAAGGAACCGGGCUGCCGACCCCCACCCUGCAGCCAGGGCUCCAUGGAGGUACAGAGCUUUGCUUCUCCGCUUUGGAAGGGGAGGUGGUGGUGCUAGAAAGGGAGACAGAAUUUUCCCCGAAAGCCUACGCCCCGACCCCACCCAGCUACGGCGGCGCUACCCUCGGGUGUCCCCCGACCGGCCGUCGCUCCACCCUCUCCUGGGAAACAUUUGACUGCGACUUCAAUUUUUGGUUUUUCCCCUAAUGACCCUUUAUUUCUCCCGUGAGUUCUCCUCGCCAUCCUCCUGCUUCCGGAGGAGCGCAGAUCGCACAUCCCUUUGCCCCCCGCGCGCGGCUCCCCAGUCGCGCCGCGCUCUUUCGCGGUUGCUGGCGGGUGGCGAGCGAAAGGAGGCGCCCGGCACUGCGCGCUCCGCUCGGAGGGCCACCGACCUGCGUCUGGCUGCCCCCGCCGAGCUGCCGGUUUCUGGGAAGACAAAAUCCAGCAGCCCCGAGCGCUGAGUUCUGCACCUAAUCGAGCUCAAAAAGGUCACAAAAAGGAGGUAUCGUGGAUGGAUGGCUGCUGGAAGCCCACUGCCAUAGCCAGCUCUUCUUCAACACUUAAGGACUUACCUGGCGUUGAGUAAUGAGAAUUUCGAAACCAUAUUUGAGAAGUACUUCCAUCCAGUGCUACUUGUGUUUACUUCUAAACAGUCAUUUUUUAACAGAGGCUGGCAUUCAUGUCUUCAUUUUGGGAUGUAUCAGUGCAAGUCUUCCUAAAACAGAGGCCAGCUGGCAGCAUGUAAUAAGUGAUCUGAAAAUAAUCGAAGAUCUUAUUCAAUCUAUACAUAUUGAUGCUACUUUAUAUACUGAAAGUGAUGUUCAUCCUAAUUGCAAAGUAACAGCAAUGAAGUGCUUUCUCCUGGAGUUACAAGUUAUUUUGCACGAGUCCAGAAAUGUGACCCUUCAACAAACGGUAGAGAACCUUAUUAUCCUAGCGAAUAGCGGUUUGUCUUCUAAUGAGAAUGUGACAGAAUCCGGAUGCAAAGAAUGUGAGGAACUGGAGGAAAAAAAUAUUAAAGAAUUUUUGCAGAGUUUCGUACAUAUUGUACAAAUGUUCAUCAACCCUUCUUGAUUGUAAUUGAUCCUUUUCAGUGUUUCUAUUAUUAACAAACACCUUCCUGCUGCUUAGAGACAACAAAACACUCUACAUUUCCAAUGUGCUGCCUAAACAAGCUUUUCUAGCAAGAAGAUUAUCAGGAUCUUGGAUCAGAUGAAUUCUUAGCCAUGGAGGAAGAAAAAUGUCACGGAGUAACAAAAUUGACUAUGAACUUCUCUCAGACAUAUUUUGCUCACUUUUUUAAUUUAUUAUUGAAAUUGUACAUAUUUGUAGCAUAAUAUAAAAUGUUGAAUAAAUGUGUGUACAUGUUUUAUCAUUUGAA